UCCAGUGGCUUGGCGCGAGAGUACGAGGCAGCCGAGCUCCAGUCGUCUCCAUCGGAGAAUCGCUCGCAGGAGCUCAAAACCCCAGACCCUGACAUCAGAGUUCUUCCGUUUUUCUCGCUUUUGCGGAUAGGAACUCGAUAAUGCCGUUUAUAUCGCAGACUCGGAGGCAGUCUGAUUACAAUCUCUUCCCUUCUGCCACUCCCAUCGUCAUCGACAAUGGCGCCUCCUACUUCCGCAUCGGGUGGGCUGGAGAGAAUGAUCCUAGGGUUGUUUUCCGGAACAUUGUUCAGAGACCUCGCCAUAAAGCUACUGGUGAAACUGUUACUGUUGUUGGGGACCAUGAUCCUGCCCUAUUGAAAUACUUUGACUGCACCCGCUCUGGACCACGUUCAGCUUUUGAUAGCAAUGUCGUUUAUCAGUUUGAGAUAAUGGAAUAUAUUCUUGAUUUUGGCUUCGAUAGGAUGGGAGCAAAUGGUUCACAGCAGAUUGAUCAUCCUGUCCUAAUCACGGAAUGUGUGUGCAACCCUGUGUAUUCUCGCAGUAAAAUGGCUGAACUCCUAUUUGAGACUUAUGGAGUUCCAUCAGUAGCAUUUGGUGUUGAUGCUGCAUUCAGCUAUAAAUAUAACCAGCAACUUGGAAUCUGUGCUAGAGAUGGUCUUGCGAUCUGCCCAGGGUUUACAACUGCUCAUGUCAUUCCUUUUGUAGAUGGAGAACCCAUUUACAAAGGCUCUUGCAGAACAAAUAUUGGAGGAUAUCACAUCACAGACCAAUUGAAGCAACUUCUUUCGCUCAAAUAUCCUCAUCACAUGACCAAAUUUACAUGGGAGAAGGUUGAAGACUUGAAGAUGGAGCACUGUUACAUUGCACCAGAUUAUGCUGCAGAAGCUCGACUAUUUCAGAAUGGCACCAAGGAAGCUGAAGAGAAAACUCGAACUUGGCAGCUGCCGUGGGUCCCACCAGCAGUUGAGGAAGGUCCUUCAGAGGAAGAGCUAGCUAGAAAGGCAGCUAUUAGGGAGAGACAGGGUCAGCGUUUGCGAGAAAUGGCAGAGGCCAAGAGGUCUUCAAGGAUAAAUGAACUUGAAAAUGAAUUGCAAGGGCUGGAAUUUCUUCUGAGGCAGCUUGAACGAGUGGAAGAGGAAGAUAUCCCUUCUUUCUUGGAAGAGACUGGUUACGUAUCCAAGCAGGAAGUAGAAUCUGCCCAUGCGAAAGCAGCUCAGGCUCUGCGAAAAGCCAAAGGGGAGCCUAAGGGUGAGCAAGUGGGUAUCGAGGAGAAAAUAGAUAGCUCGACGAAUGAGAAGUUUCCUCUUAUCAAUGUCCCUGACGACAUGCUUACUCCUGAGCAGCUAAAGGAAAAGAGGCGGCAGAUAUUUCUCAAAACUACCACUGAAGGCAGGCAGCGAGCUAAGCAGAAGCGCAUCGAGGAGGAGUUGGAACGAGAAAGAAAAAAUCAGGAAGAUGAAGAACAACGAUUGGAAAAUCCAGAGCUAUAUUUAGAGCAGCUCAACAUUAGAUACAGAGAGCUUUCUGAGAAAGUCGAGCAACGAAAACGUCUAAAGACGAAUGGUAACCAUACAAAUGGAGGAAUGGGUCGUGGUGAGAGAUUAAAUGCUGCCCAGAAAGAAAGGAUGCGGUUACUUACGACAGCGGCUUUUGAUCGAGGGAAAGGUGAAGAUACAUUUGGCGCAAAUGAUGAAGACUGGCAACUCUACAAGUUGAUGAGCAAAGACAAUGAUGACGAUGAUGAUGGUGUAGACCCUGAUGAAGCAGAGCUCAUUCGGGUCACUUCAAGGCUUCAGGAAGUAGACCCGACAUUUGUUCCCAAGCUGGAGCUAGGACUUUCUCAGCCUGUUGUUGAGGUCCCGAAGUUCCGUCCCUUAACGAAGGAAGACUUUCAGGUUGUGCUCGGGGUCGAGAGAUUCCGGUGCCCUGAGAUCCUGUUCCACCCGAGCUUGAUUGGAGUGGAUCAGGUUGGGCUGGAUGAGAUGGCUGGGGUUUCAAUCAGACGUUUGUCAUGUGAAACCCAAGAAUUUGAAGAUAGAUUAACAAAGUCCAUCCUUAUCACGGGUGGAAGCUCUCUUUUACCAGGAAUGACCGAGCGACUAGAAGCAGGAAUUCGGAUGAUUCGGCCCUGUGGUGCCCCCAUAUGUGUGUUUAGGGCUUCGGAUCCGAUUCUUGAUGCUUGGAGAGGAGCUUCUAGUUAUGCUUCUGCUUACCAAUUUGCAUCACAAACUUUCACUAGGAUGGAUUAUUAUGAGAAGGGGGAAGAUUGGCUUCGAGAAUAUCAACUUAGGUACACAAUAUGAGAUGAGAAUGUUUAUUGCAUAGGGGUUUUCACGAAUAAUUCACCACUUCGAUUGAGUAAUUCCAGUUCUAAUUUAGAAGACGAGCUUUGUCUACAAGGCAAUAAUUGAAUAGUUCUCUCGGAUAUUUUGUUUUCGCCCUGUACAGAAUGAUGUGCUUGAAAAGUACUCUUUAUAGAUCCCCUAAA